AUGGAUAGUUUUGUGGAACAAAAGCUGGAAGAAUGGAAUCUAUCCUGUUUGAAAGUGAUAUUUCAAGGUAGGGGUCGUGAUUAAACGUUGUUUUUUGCUGCUUUUUUUUCUGAAUAUGAACGAACAAUGUUUCAACAUUUUCUUGCUCACUUGAGAGAAAUAUAAAGUGAGGUUGCUCAAAUUUUCAAAAAGUUUUCUUUGAAUAUUUUGCUAGCAAUAAAAACACACAAAUUUAACACCUGUUGACCCUCGAGGGUCUGCCGAAAACUUUCCAAAAAAGUCGAAUCCACUAACAAUUCCUGACACUGUAUUGUUCAUAAAAUCUCAUCGGGGGGGGGGGGGAGAAGCUACGAAACUGGAAGGACGAAAUGGGGUUUCGUCUCCAUGGUGUCAAUGUUUUUAAAAAAAUAUAGUUUAAUAAGUGCCAAUAGCUUAAACAAAUUGGAUUAGUUUAUUUUUUAAAGAUUUACAUUGAAUUUGUGAUAACAAUUACAUUUUUUUUCUAGAGAACAUGAUCGAUGAAGAAGCGUUUCGGUUGCUUGACCACGACUCCAUAAAGGAAAUGAUAACCGCGAUUGGUCCACGACGAAAGCUGUUAAAAAAAUUAGAAGAAGAAAAGGUAUUUUACUAUUGUUAA